CAGUCUGGAGGCAGUGUUCUGCUCAGCGGUCAGUUCCCCGGAUGAAGGUUGAGCGUGAAUAUGGCGCAGAGAGCACGAGCAGCGCGCCCGUGAGGGUUUCUGUCUGAUACGCGCAUAUUUAGCCCGCUUAAGCUAACUUUACACUCAAGAAACUUCACCGACCCUAUGAAGUUUAUUUCUCAGCGGACAUACAUCUCACUACAGGUCUGAUGCUUUGCUGCAGCCAUGUUCACCAAGAAGAAAAAGCAACGGAUUCAGAUCUCGGCCCCCUCCAACUUUGAGCAUCGUGUCCACACUGAUUUUGAUGAGCAGGAGCAGAAGUUUGUGGGGCUUCCACGCCAGUGGCAGAGCCUCAUUGAGGACACAGCCAGAAGGCCCAAACCUUUCAUCGACGCCACGGUCAUCACUACUGUAGAGCCACGCAAGGCAAUUGUACGGGGUCGUAAGAUCGGUGACGAUGGCUCUCUCACAUGGCUUUUGGAUGAGUUUGAGACCAUGUCGGUGAUCCGCUCAAACUCGCUGCGCAGAGACAGUCCACCAACGCAACCACGCCGAGACUCUGGAUCAUUGGGAGGGGGCUAUGAGAACGGAGAACACUCCCAAUAUAGACACCCUGAUCGAUAUGGAGACAGCAAAGAGAGGGAGAAACCACGUCAGGAGCACCCAGGUGCUGAUCCCAGACAGUCUCAGCGCCCAGCCCGGUCAUCCAGAGAGGACAGCCGACCUCACCAGCAGCCUCGUGGACAGGAGCCCAACAGACACAAAGAGCCUGACUGGUCAGGAGGGCCAGCCGCACCGCCCCAGCACAGAGAACACGAACGAGACCGAGACCGAGAGCCACGUGAAUAUCGUAAUCAGGUGGUGAGGCGAGAGGGGGCCAACGAUAAGAGGCCCAAAUCUAGCUAUACCGGGAGGGACAGCAGCCCACAAUCACCCCGUGAGAAGAGACCACUAUCUGGGCCAAAUAUUCGCACCCCUAACCUACCUGUUACAGAGGGAGUGAUAAAGACUGCACAGCAGACCAGCCGACCUUUCAACACAUACCCACGAUCCGAAAGUGACGCAGGGAGGAGCCCCAGUGGUCAGGAUUUAAAACCAGGAAAAUCUCAUGAGCCUCCCCACCACAAUGGCCCAUCUACUGGGGCUGUCCGGGGUGGAAACAGCAGCAGUAAAAGUGGUUCUCAGGGGCAGCACAGAGCAGAGCCCCAGCAUCACGCCUCCCACCCAGCCUUAGGCCCUGAGCCCCCUCACAGCCAGCAGAUGCCCCCAGUACCAAAACCGUCAGCCCCAGCUGCACCCCCACAGCAGAGGGAGCCGCAGCGGGUCUCCCACGAGCAGUUCCGUGCUGCCCUGCAGAUGGUGGUUGACCCUGGGGACCCACGCACAUUUCUGGACAACUACAUCAAGAUCGGUGAAGGUUCCACCGGCAUUGUUUGUAUUGCUACAGUGAAGACCACGGGCAAGCUGGUGGCUGUAAAGAAGAUGGAUCUGCGAAAACAGCAGCGACGAGAAUUGCUGUUUAACGAGGUGGUGAUCAUGCGGGACUAUCACCAUGAGAACGUGGUGGAGAUGUACAACAGUUACUUAGUAGGGGAUGAACUCUGGGUUGUCAUGGAGUUCCUUGAGGGUGGAGCUUUGACUGACAUAGUCACACAUACCAGGAUGAAUGAAGAACAGAUUGCCACCGUUUGUCUGUCUGUUCUGAAAGCUCUCUCAGUCCUUCACUCCCAAGGAGUCAUUCACAGAGACAUUAAGAGUGAUUCUAUUCUUCUCACCCAUGAUGGCAGGGUGAAGCUGUCCGACUUUGGCUUUUGUGCCCAGGUCUCUAAAGAGGUGCAGCGCAGGAAGUCUCUUGUAGGAACACCCUAUUGGAUGGCCCCUGAGCUCAUCUCAAGACUCCCAUAUGGACCAGAGGUGGAUAUAUGGUCACUUGGCAUUAUGGUCAUUGAAAUGGUGGAUGGAGAGCCGCCAUACUUCAACGAGCCUCCGCUCAAGGCCAUGAAGAUGAUCCGAGAUAAUUUGCCACCUAAGCUCAAAAACCUCCACAAAGUUUCGCCACUUCUCAAGGGAUUCUUGGACCGCAUGCUUGUGCGAGAUCCUCCCCAGAGGGCCACAGCUCAAGAGCUGCUAAAGCAUCCCUUCCUGAGUAAAGCGGGCCCUCCCUCUUGCAUUGUUCCCCUCAUGAGACAGAACCGCAUGAGAUGAGAAGAGAAAUCUGGGUGGGAUCUGUCAGACCCCUUGAGUUCAAAGCGAAGACCCAGAUGCAAAGAUGCUCUGUUUUAAACAUCUGAAAUGAUUGAACAGGUCAAGACUUCUCGGAGAAAAGACCAAUGAUGCUACAGACAUUAGGAGUUUUUUUUUCUCCCCCAGAUAUUUUUACCACUGUUUUAUUACACUAUGAAAUGCACCAUAUUUGGUGACAUGAAAAAGACAUGAUUAGAUCCUUCACAGGUUUCCCUUUCCGACUAAUUCAGAAACACGAGAACAUGUGUUCUCUCAGUGGUUUUAUGCUUGAUCUCGAAGACUUUGCUUUUGGGUGAACCAAACUGAGGAGGUUUAGACAUUAUAAAAAUGAACCACUUGGAGACUCUAAUCCUUUCCAAACAAGGUUUUUUUUUUCUACACUUCUUCUUUUGCACCAUUACCACACUACUCAGUCCAUUUUUAACAGGAAAACAACUACUGAAGAAAACCUUUUAAAAAAGAAAAUAUGAAACUUUAGGCUCCUGUUACAACACUAAGCAAUGGUAAACACUGGAGGUGGGUUUUUUCAGACCAUUUUUAAUUUAGAUUUAAUGAACAGAGUUAUAUUGGUUUUGUUUUUAUAUUCCGUUUUGAGUGACGGUGUGAUGUUUAAAACACUGUUCUGAGAUUGAGCUGCACUCCAAUAUGAAACUUUCUCCUUUGAUGCAUUGUUCCACUUUAUGUAAUCAAGGGGGAAGGGUUGGGUGUAAGGUGUUUUUUUUUUUUUUUUCUCUCUCUCUUCCAAAACUUUCACCUUAGCACCGCACCACAUUAGCUGAGGAGGUUAAGUUGUUUUCAGUGUAGGGCAGAGGGUUCCUUUCAUGUGUCGCCCAAAUCCUCCAGCUAAGUAGCAUACAUCUUUGAAGUAUUGUGGCCUUUCUCUGAAGGAUUCAUUGUGGAUGGUCUUGCUGGAGAGAUGUUGAACUAAACAAAUGUAUAGCUGAGCUUUACAUAUGCUCUAUUUUAUGAUAGCUCGUUCAAAGGAAGUGGACCAUGUUUAGAUCCCCACACACUGAAAUGUAGGCCAGAAUGCAUCUGCACUCGUGUAAUUGGUCAUUUCCACUACUGCGUUUUGUUAUAAGAGCACCACGACGUUCAAGGAUUAAGAGAGGAGUAGUGGAACAACCAAAGGCUGAUUGAGAUUGUGAAGGUUUAUAAUACUAAUUAGUCCAAGUACACUACAUCACAUCAUGCAAAAAGACUUGUUUAUCUUUAUACGAAAAUUCUGUCAUAUAUUCACCCUGUAUAACCUUUAUUCAAGAUGACAUCUUAUGCAUGUAGGGUUGACACGGUAUGAGGGUGAGUUUUUUUGGGUGAACUAUCCUGUAUCUUCAAAGAGUCACAAAGAUCCAGGACCAGAGUGGAUGGGUGCAAUGAAGAAGAAAAAAAAAAAAGUCUGUUUAAAAAUUAUUCCGAUUUGUUGUAGUGACUUAUGAAUACUAGCUAAUCAUUUAUGAGAGUCAAGUGAAUGCAUGUUUGUGAGAAGAUCGAGGUCGCAUUUACAUUCUGUCAUUCACAAAUUGAGGAAGAAUUGUAGAGAUUAAUCCUAGACUGAUGUGGUAGCUUAUGUAUUUAUCUGGAGUUUUUUUCUAAAAAAAAUGAUUUUGCAGAGGGCCUAAACUGUAACACUGCAAACAUAACUCUAAUUGUAGAUGGGAAGGUUUGAGAAAAUUAAUGACAGUCGUUGACAAACAUAAAUAAUUUAAAAACACUACUAGAAUGUUAGUUUGUUUUUUCCACCAGUAAAAGAUUGAAUGGCAUUUCUUUACAUACUGGAGUUGCGUUAUUUUUUUCAGGAGGUGAAGCAUAAUGAAACCAUGACAAUCAGGCAUUGGAACAAAGAAUGUAAAUGCAUUAAAAUGUAUAUUCCGAGAUGAAUAAUUAAUGAAAUUGAGAGAAUAGUGUUUAUAUGCUCACAUUUCUCUGUGAAAUAUUGUAGGCAUUGUAGAUAGGUGUUUAAGAUCCUCGGUGCACUGAAGCAACAGGUUAGCAAUCCUACUAACAAAGAAAAACCACCUUAAUGCAGAACUGAAAGUGAAGACAUUCUGUUUAGGCAAUAGAUGUUCCACAGUCUGCUACUUGAUUUGUGACCAGCCACACUUCUUCUUUUUUUUGAUACAUCUGCAAAUGUUUAAUGACUUGACUGUUUAGGAAGAGGAUACCUCCUAUGACCACAAGCCUUAUUUAAUUGUGAAUGGAUAUUGCUGUACAGUGAGAAAAAUGGCAUAAUGCAUGGACUUUCUCAAAAGAUUGAUCUAGUGAACAUGUUGAAGAGCUUUCAGAAAUGUCUUUUCUUUAUUUUCUGAAUUACAUUACCAGGGCUGAUCAGAAAAUGAUCCCUAAUGUGGUAAGGUAAUGAACCUUUUUUUUUUUUCUCUCGAUUAUGUUCCUCGAUUCUCACGAUCAGUACUGCAAAUGCUCUCUGGAAGGGUACAUUGUAUUAUAUAAUUUGGCUUUCAUUUGUUUUCUCACCGAGUCUCAUUGUUAGACUGUCACUGCAUUAAAACUAACGGAUCGCUCAUAUUCUGCUGUUGACUUAUUUUAAGCCAGAUAGGUUUCUAAAUAAUCUUGCACUGUACUUUUUUUUUAAUUUGUCAUCAUAAUUUUCUUUUUCCAUCAUGUAGAUAGUUAAAGAGACUUGUUUUAAAGGUGGAGUAGAAGCAUGAAUGUUGUGCUCACUGCUGGCAUCCUGACAUCAUCCUAAUGUUCCCCCAUGUCUGACACUCGUUUUGGGAAUAACCCUCUUCAGCAUCUAUUAGAGACUGCUACUGACAAGCCUGUGUUUUUUUUUUUUUUUUUUUUUUGUGAAGUGUAAAAUGGUUCAUACUUGUUCAUACUGGUUCUGUUGUUUUCUUCUUUUAUUUCAAAGUAUUGUCAUUUUGGUGGACAGCUGAUGUCAGAGUUCCCUCUAUAAUAUGUGAAUUUUUACUGGUGGUAAAAUUGACACUUUUUUUUUUUUUUUUUCUUCUUUCAAAAUACAGUUUUUAAACAUCA